CAGAGGCGGUGUUGAGCUGUAUUCAGUAUUACAAGAGAAGUGUUUAUCUAAUCAAUAUUUAUUCAAUAAUUCGUUUAAAAAUGACAAAAGCUUAAUAUCGUCAACUCACUACUGUUUACCAGCUUCUUACCCACAAUGCACUCGGACUAUCAGGAAGUGUUCAAUAUCAAUUGGCGCGCUGUGAAACGCUGGAUACGGAUGCAUUUCUCUCUCUCACAAGUAAACAUACCAACUAGUCGUCUAAAUGUACUCGUUGGUGAGACUUCCGUCCUGAAAGUGACAGCUCAAUACUUAGCAAUCACGUUAAAUGAAGAGGGAUCGAUCCUGGUAGGCACCCGAAGCUUUCCUUGUGGUAUAAUGGAGGGAUUGCUCUCGGGAGAUUUGUAUCCCAGUCCCCAUCGACUCUCCCUGUGUGGAAAGAUAAUCCUAUUUGACUGUAAACGAGCUUCAGCCACACAUGACAGCGAAAGAAGUGAGUUAAUAUUCUGCAGCCUCUCGUUUGAACGGGAAGUCAACGCGUUUGUGAAGGCAGCUGAUGGAGCGGCUGUCAUCAGCAGGAAGAGAUCAGCGCGUGUCGAUGUUGUGAAAUGUAAAUGUGCCAUAAACGUUCAGAAGAGGGUCACCACGCCGUGCGUUUUAGUGACAAAGAAGAGCAACAAAGGCUUAAGCUUCCAGUAUAGCCUCCUCACACUGAGCAGCUCAAACCGACUGGAGUCCUGCAUAGAGUUUAAACUACCUUAUCAAAUGAGGGACAAUGUGUCUAUCCUCCGAGGCCCCACAGUAUUGUGGAGCCAUGCUGGCAAUGUCUUCCAUGCGUCUCUGCAGACAGGAGAGGUGAGGCAGAUUCCCAUUCAGUUGUCCCACUGUGUUAUUGGAGAACUCCCACUCCACAAAGAACAGGUAUUUGUUGUCGGACUGCAAAGCCUUCCAGACCAGUGCUCUAAUACUCACUCCACAGGCCAGGCCCUGGGCUAUUUUGUUCAAAGUGGACAAGUGUUCGAUGGCAAUGUGAUUUUGCCACAUCCCUACGUUUGCAUCACACGGUGCAUCUUGGUGCUGUCAGCUGAAAAAGUGGACGAUGUGCUGAAAUCUGCUGUGGUCGCAGCAACUUCUAAUCAGCAACUCGUUCUUUUUGAGAAUGGCAUCGUGAAGGACGUGUGUCAGCUCCCCUUUGACCAACCCGAAAAUAUUCAGGUGGUCAACACAGGAAGAAGUGGCUGCCUGCUCGUCAUAUCGUUUCACCAGGGGCACGUAUGUGCAAUGUGGAAGGAAACAUUUCAGAUAGCCUCCCACUGGUCAAGUGUCAGUUCUGUCCACGUGGAUGACUUCCUGGGAUGUGGAACAGACCAAAUGCUGUUGGUUUUUAAGGAUCAUGACAUAACAGAACAACCUUUGGAAAAGUUUCUCCUCACUGACCUCUGUGGCAUUUCAUAUUCUCGCGGACAGGACAGCGAAGCACCAACGACACCACCCCCUCCACCAGAGAACGAUCACCUCACCCUCCGAGCUUUAGAGUCCAGACUACAGAGUGGACUGACCGUGCUCCAGGAGCUUCAAAGAGAGAUGAGAGUGAAGAGCAGAGUUCUGCAGCAGUCGGUCCAAGCCCUCACCAACGCCAUCUCAGGAAGAGAGACUAUGCUCACCCAGCAUGAGCAGGAAGGCCUCGUUGCUCUGUGGGACUGUGAUGAUGAUGAUGAUGAUGAGUCAAAGGAUGAAAAGACGCAAGACAUGCCAGCAGUGUCUUCACAACCUCAAGUUGACAAGCUGUGGCAUCGCAUCGUCGAGGAGCGACUGGUUGUGGGAGUGAUACUAACUACCGACAGCUCAGUACCAGUGGCCAGUGUGAGCUUAUCCAUCCUGACAGAGACGGGUCAGAGCUCAACACCUGCAGUCAUCCAGGCCCAGAGCCAAGUGUUCUGGCUCCCUGCACCCUGCUCUUCCUCCUCCUCCUCCUCCUCCUCCUCCUCACUCUCCUCUGCCUACACAUUCUCAGAGCCUGCAGCCAAAAGAAGCAAGCAGCACAAUGUCGGGAGACCCACUGAUCUCAACACUUGCAGACUGACUGUGACCGCUGUGGCCAGGCUGACGCCUCUGUUGAUCUCUGGCUGUGUCAAGUGCAGUGUCAUGCUCCAUUACGUCCAGAGACGAGAUGCUUUUGCCGGUGUGAGCAACCCAACACCGGUUGUUCUGCAUUGUGGUCAAGUUGCCUUAGACAUCCACAGUAAUUUCCAAACCCAGCUGUUGAAAACACCCGAACUCAAAACAGAUGACGCUAAAGAGGACUUGCUGAGCCUGAUGGUGCUGUUGGAUUGCUGGGUCUUCCACAUAGACUCUCCUGAUCACAGCUUAGGCGACGUAGAUGGCUGGAUUCACAAACUAGCGGGUUGUAGGAGGAUAGAAGCGAGCCCUCAGUAUCUACUGUUAAAUUCUUCAGGACCAUCUGCUCUCAUGCUGCUGCACUGGCAUCAGAUAAGCCCUUUCCAGGGGGAACUGUCUGUCCACUCCAGCCAGUUACAGACGCUCCAGUUCCUGAACUCUCUCCUGGCCUACCUCCCUUUGUCCUGCUCCAUCCGGUCUGUCAAAGGUACAAGAGGACAGGGUGCAGCUCAAAUGUUGUCUUUGGCGCUGGAGAAAGAGUUGGUGUCCCUCAGAGAGUGUGUGUCAUUGCUACUUUGUGAAGAAGAGGAGGAGGAGGAGGAGAAGAAGAGGAUGAGCCUUGGACAUGAGGAGAGCCCUGAGCCUGGUUCUGUGAAGGGGCUCCAGAGGUGUAGGGAAGUGUUUCAGGGGGACGUGGAGAGGAGUAAGACGAGGUUGAGCCCCCUGGUGGAUGUGUGGAGAUAUCGUAGGCUAACCCAAAACAUGUCCAAACUCCAACUCGAUGGGGAUUUGGCAGCUCUCUUAGACGCUCAGAGAACUUUGCUCAGCUAAUAUACUGCAGAACAUGGUUUUUGUGGAAAUCCCAAGCGGGUAGCAUUAACGGGGGAGGGGGAGCCUAAUCUUUAAUCGUGUAUUGUGUCAAGUGUAAUGACUAAUCAGAGUUAGUCAUGUAUGCUAUGCUUUGCACAUUUCACCUGGAUUGAGAGCUGCCCCCCCUUUGCUGGCUUCGAGUUGUCUCUGUGUGCUCCCUCAGACUCUUGGGGUUGAUAUCUAUAGUGUCUGCUGCUGUGUAGAGCUGGAUCACCUCUGGCCUUACUCUGAUACUGAUGUGAUACUGAUCUCUGUUCAGCUUAUUUUUCUGUCCAUGUCCCCUAAGACCCUCUGUGUUCAAGAAUGCUCUUCAAUGUCUGCUGAUGCUGCUGCUGUGUGCUAUUCAGUAGGAGACGGAGACCACUUUCAGCCGAGAAACGGUUUGUGUUAUGAAUAAAGGCAACAGAUGAUGGUUGAGUUAGAAAUCUGCUCAGUGACUGUAGUUGACUGAAAGCUUUUAGUGGUGGGCUACUUUCAGUUAUGUUCCUGUAAAACACGUCCUUGGUGUCAGCACUGUUAGUUCAAAUGCAGUUUGUACAAGUAAACAUGAAAUGCUACUUAAAAGGACCCCAACUUUUCUGGCUAUAUGAGGUAUGUGGCAGUCUGGCUAUGGUGUUUGCUGAAAUGGCGGGUGUUUCUUUUUUCUUUUUCUCCCAGUAGGGAGCUCAGAAACAAGGAUGUGCAUGUUUGUUCUGGGAGCUGCUCCAUCUGUGUGUAGUACUCAGGACUCUCUGGAGAGAUCUCCUCUUCUUUUACACCUUUAUAUGUGUCCGCUUCAUUGCAAGUAACAGCUUCCACUGGACUCACUGCCGCAGGACUCCCCUGAACAUAGCUGAAGCAUCCCUUCAAAGUUACUUCAUAAAGGUAAUGCUGCUGUGGGUUAGUGACAUGUUACAGAGCUAUACACAAUGUAUUUUUUGUGUCUUGUUUGAAUGGAAAUAAAGAACCCUGUUUGUAGGUUUUUGCUGUUAUAUUCAGAUCACUCAACUUCAUCCAGCAUGCAAGUUGAUAAAACACAUCGACACUUCUUUGUUCUUUGCUUUAUUCGUCCCUCACAUACAGAAACGGACAAACCCUCACCACCUCUUCGGCUGUGAGACAAACACCUCUGUCACUUGUAGCGCAGAAGAGUAUUUUUUUGAAUUCUGUUCAGUAAAUAACUCCACUAAAGGGCCAGGGACAAAUGGAUCACAUGUGAAAAAGAGAAUUCUAUUGUAUUGGUGUUCCCUUAAAGCACAAACUGCUACCCGGAGUAAAAUAUAUGGUUUGUCAUCCCAUUACUGUCUGUUCGGUUGUAUUUACUGUGAGUGGUG